CGAAACGUUUAUCUGUACACUAUAUCAUAGUUUGUUGUGUUUGUGUUGGGUUUAACGCCGUUUUUUCAACAGUAUUUCAGUCAUGUAACGGCGAGAAGUAAACUUAAUCAGUGUUGUUCCUGGAUUCUGUACCAGUACAUUCCUGUUCUCCUCAAGUAACUGCCAACUUUCCCGCAUGAAUCAGAGGUGGAGAAUGAAUGAUGUCAGCCACAAUGUCGUUUAUUAAAUCGUCACGGAGAACACACAACCCGACCGAGGAUCGAACUCAGGACCCCGCCAUCCGUAGAUCAACGCUCUACCUACUGAGCUGAGCAGGCAGGUUUAUAGUAUAGGCAUUUAUCUACAAAAUCUUUUCUUGACAUAUGUGUGAUUUCAGUUCAGUGAAAGAUUAUUGGGUGAAAUACAGAAAAAUGAAACUGGCAGUGACGACGUAAAGAACCCAGGUCUGCUGCUUUUAGGACCAAUUAAGGCAGGAAAAUCAACAUUUAUUAACUCAAUUUGUAGCAUCGGCAAAGGAAGGCUUGUAAAUAAAGCGUACACUGGGGCUGCAGCGACGAGUUUCACUACUUCAUUUAAAAAGUUUAAAGGAGCAGGCUUUCUUAGGAACUUUCGUCUUUGCGACACGAUGGGCGUAGAAGAUGGCGAAAAUGAAGGUUUUCAUGUCAGUGACGUAGUGAACCUAAUUCUAGGGCAUGUCAAGGAUACUUACACAUUCAACCCACGUCAGCCGUUGACCCCUGAAGAUCCAGCCUAUAACCCAUACCCACAGGCAAGAGAAAAGACACAUUGUGUAAUAUUUGUAAUUGAUGCCGUGGUUCUAAGUUCAGGAUCAAUAUCAAAUAAUUUGAAGGGAAAAAUCAAAUGUUUGCAGGACGAAAUUAAAUUGCGCAAUAUACCCAGAGUGCUUAUUCUUACCAAAGUGGAUCUCCUAUGUGAAAAGGUUGCUGGGGAUAUUCGAAAUACUUUUAGGAGCACAAAAGUGCAAAAGGCAGUAAAAAAGGCAGCAGAAAUUUUCGCUAUUCCAGAAUCGAACAUCCAUCCUGUAAAGAACUACGAGGGAGAAAUCGAUAUUGAUCCGAUCAUAAAUAUUCCAUUACUGCUCGCUCUGCGCCAGAUGAUCCAUUUUGCAUCUGAUUUCAUAGAAGCUGACGAUGAAGACUCUGACUGAAUAGGUUGAUUAGUGUGUUUUUAUUCUUUAUUAAAGAAUGUAAUCAGGCAUAACAUGUGACAGUUUACAAUACUUUCGAAUCUUUCGGAAGAUGAAAUUUAUAUGUUUUAUAAUGUCAAAAAAAUGUAAUAAUGUUGCAUGGUAGGACGUAAUGAAAUAAAAAAAAAUAACAAUGCAA